UUGAGGAUUUUCCAGGGACUUUUCAUGUGUGAUUUUCCAGGUACUUUUCAUGUGUACCUACUCUGCAUAUUCAUAUAUUUAUAUAUGCUUCAUCCUCACAAAUAGUGUCUUGCAACUUAAGAAAGCACUUGUUCAAAUAAACAUGGGUACCGUCAAGAAACCUUGUAUGGUCUUUUUAUGCUUUCUCUUCCUCUUGUCAUGGAUUUUCAAUGUGGCGGCGGUUGCGGCGGUUGAAAACACAACUAUCCAAGUGAAUGUGGGUGUUGUUGUUGACCUCGAUCAACCCAGUCAGAGCGGGAAGAUGUAUUUGAGUUGCAUCAAAAUGGCCAUCGAGGACUUCUAUGCAUCUCAUGCUCACUUCAAGACCAGGCUUGUUUUGAACACUAGGGACUCCAAGCAAUCUGUUGUUGGUGCAGCUGCUGCAGCUCUAGACCUGAUAAAGAAUGUAGAAGUGCAAGCAAUCCUGGGGCCAGUGACAUCAAUGCAGGCUAGCUUUGUUGUUAAUCUUGGAGACCAAGCUCAUGUGCCCAUUUUAUCAUUUUCUGCAACAAGCCCCUCUCUUACUUCACUCCAAAGCUCUUACUUCUUCCGAAUUACACAAACCGACUCUCAGCAAGUGAAAGCCAUAAGUGCCAUUGUUAAAAAUUUCGGAUGGAGACAAGUUGUGCCAAUUUAUGUAGACAAUACGUACGGCGAGGGAGUCAUACCCUUUUUAAUUGAUGCAUUGCAAGAGGUUGAUGCUCAUGUCCCUUAUCGGAGUGUCAUUCCCGCAUCACCUACAGAUGUACAAAUUGAAAAAGAGCUUCACAAGUUAAUGACAAUGCAAACUAGAGUCUUCAUUGUGCACAUGUUGCCCAUACUUUGCACUAAGCUAUUUGCCAAGGCAAAAGAGGUCGGAAUGAUGAGAAAAGGCUAUGUUUGGAUCAUGACCAACGGGGUAGGAAAUCGUUUAUGGUCAAUCCCUCCGGUAGUUCUGAAUUCAAUGCAAGGGGUAUUAGGUGUGGAAAUUCCAAGAACAGAGGAGCUUGAAAAUUUCAAAAUGCGGUGGAAAAGACGAUUCCAACAAGACAAUCCAGCCAUCAUCGAUGUUGAUGUCGAUGUAUUUGGAUUUCGGGCUUAUGAUGCAGUUUUUGCACUAGCCUUUGCAGUAGAAGAAGUUGGGUUUAAUACAAACUCUGAUUUUCAAAAUAGGAAUGAUUCCGUUAACUCAACAGAUCUUGAUACGUUUGAGGUCUCCCAAUAUGGUCUAAAACUUUCACAAGCCAUAUCUAAUACUUCAUUCAAAGGUAUAGCUGGUGACUUCAGGCUUGACGAUGGGCAACUUCACGCAUCGAAUUUUAAGAUAGUUAACGUAAAUGGUGAUGGAGUAAGAACUAUUGCAUUUUGGACACCAGAAAAUGGUAUGUUAAAGACACUGAAUUCAGCAAACACAAGCACACUUUCAACUUCAACUUCCAAGUGCAAUCUUACAAGCAUACUUUCAACUUCCAAGUGCAAUCUUUCACCGAUUAUAUGGCCUGGAGAUUCUUUCUCUGUUCCCAAGGGGUGGGAGAUCCCAACAAAUGACAAGAAGCUGAGAAUUGGAGUUCCUGUAAAGCUUGGUUUUAGUGAGUUUGUUAAGGUAACCAAGAACCCUAGCACUAACACAACGCAAGUCACUGGGUUCAGUAUUGAUGUCUUUGAGGCUGCAGUUGAAGUACUACCAUAUGCACUUCCUUACGAGUUCAUUCCCUUUGAGAAUUCUGAUGGAACAAUGGCUGGCACGUACAAUGAUUUGGUCUAUCAAGUAUAUCUUGAGAAAUUUGAUGCUGUGGUGGGAGAUACCACGAUUAGGGCAAACAGAUCUUUGUACGUGGACUUUACGAUGCCCUACACAGAAUCGGGGGUAGUAAUGGUUGUGCCAAUCAGAGACACCAGGAGCAAAAAUGCAUGGGUUUUCUUGAAGCCCUUGACAUGGGACUUGUGGCUUACGACUUUUUGUUUCUUCAUCUUCAUUGGUUUCGUCAUCUGGGUACUUGAACAUCAAAUUAAUGAAGACUUUCGCGGCCCUCCCUCACAUCAAGUUGGCACAAGCUUUUGGUUCUCCUUCUCCACCAUGGUGUUUUCACAUAGGGAGAGAGUGGUUAGCAACUUGGCCAGAUUCUUGAUGAUUAUAUGGGUGUUUGUUGUGCUAGUUUUGACACAAAGCUACACAGCUAAUCUAGCAUCGCUAUUAACAGUUGAACAACUCCAACCAACUGUCACGAAUAUAAAGGAUAUACUAAGAAAAGGGGAGAAUGUUGGAUGCAUGGAGAAUAGCUUUGUUUGCGAACUCUUGAUGAAACAAGUCGGUUUCCAUGAGUCCAAGCUUAAGGCUAUCAAAACCAUGGAAGAAUGUGAUGAAGCUCUUUCGAAAGGGAGCGGAAAGGGUGGUAUUGCAGCUGUUGUUGCUGGAACCCCAUAUAUGGAGCUUUUCAUUGCGAAAUAUUGUUCCAAAUAUACCAUGAUUGGUCCAAUCUACAAAACUGAUGGCUUUGGUUUUGUGUUUCCAAAGCGUUCUCCUCUUGUGCCCGAUAUUUCACAAGCAGUCCUAAGCGUGAUGGAAGGAGAGAAGAUCAUGAAAAUUGAGAGCAAAUGGUUCAGUCAAGAAAGCAAUUGUGAAGAUAACUCCAGGACUCCAAGGAUCUCAAGCAACAGCCUUGGUCUUGAAAGCUUUUGGGGCCUAUUCCUAAUUGCCGGGGUGGCUUCAAUUCUAGCUCUCAUCAUAUUCGUAGCUUGCUUCUUUUACAAGCAUAGGCAUGUCUUGGAGCAGCCUGAUUCCAGAACUUCUUCUUCGAGAUGGAGAAGGGUUCGAGCCAUGAUUGAAAUUUUCAACGAAAAAGACCUCAACUCCCAUACUUUUAAAAGCCGUCAAGAACAAGAAGGAAUUGCGGGGGUUGGAGAAGAAGUUAAGGCCUCACCUAAUAGGAACUGGCCUGAAAGUCCAUUCAGCUAUGCAAACGACACUGAUAAGGUUUUUGGAUUCUACAAAGGGCAACAAACGCCAUCUACUACUAGUCAUGGGUCGCCGGAGCUUACUAUCACUGUUCAAGAAAUGCAUGGAGCUCAUGUAACAGCUCACGUAGAAAACAAUUAACAGAUUCAGUGAAAUAAAAGAAGGGAUAGUUUGGCCGUAUAAAUAAUCUUGUAACUAAGGUUUAACAGUAAACUUUUCAUGCUCGGACCAAGCAUGUUGAACUUGAUGACCACUAUAUCCGAGAGAAAGUUUUGUCUAAAGAGCUUUCAAUCCAUUUCAUCUGCACACAGGAUCAACUUGCUGAUAUUUGCACAAAGCCUCUGUCCAAGACUCGGUUUCAUCUUCUCCGGCACAAACUUGCUCUUCACCACCCUCAGUUUAGUUUGAGGGGGGAUAUUAAGGCUAAUAUUGUAAAAGAUAAAACUUAGAAGAUAUUUUUCUGUUAUGGCUAAUUUUCAUGAGCUGUAAAUUAGUUAGGUGAGCUGUCAUUUUUCAUAGGUUUAUUGGUUGUAUAUAUAACCAUCUGUUGUAAUCUUAU